AGUGUCGGGAGAUUCGUAGAGGAUGUCGCAGAAGCCUGCAGUGUGUAACGGUGGCGUUCAACAGGUUGACGUUGCACGAUAAAAACUCUCGAACAGUUGAUACUUCUUCAAACAUCAGUCCGAACAUUAGAUAAGAACAUCGUCGCCGACAAUUACAGCAUGGUUGGGAUAAUUGAAUGCUCGAAGCUCAAGCCAGUCGUGAGAUUCAGUUGCAAAAGAGAAUUUGAUAGGAAACGUCCAUCAUGUGAUGAAUGAUUCUGUCAGCAGAUAAUGACUGUUGAAAUUUGAAAAACAAGUGAUGAUUCGUUUCUUGACGCAAUGCAGUUAAAACUUUGACAUGGCGGAAGUGAUCGACUUCACAUGAAAAACGAUUUUCCAGGACCCUUCGCGAUCUCGUCAAUGAUAAUUCGAUGGUCAUCAUCGAGCUGCUGAAUAAACGAGCGAAUGAAGGCUUGGUCGGGAGAAAAUUGAUGAAAAGUGACAAGAAACGAUAUUUGUUCGCAAUUUUGAACACAAUAUUUAUCAGCAAGGCUGGCCAGCACGAGAAAGGAAAUACACGAUGGAAUUACAGAUUGUGAGAUUCCUGUUUGCGAUAAUGCUGUGCAUCGCAAAUAUGAUCAUCUACGGCCUGAAAGUCAACAUAGCUACGGCCAUCGUUGGCAUGGUUAAGGCAAAGGCGAACGGCACACAUACAGGGGAUGCGUCAAAUGAAUGUGGAUUCGAGGUUCCUGAAGGUUCGCACGUGGACAUUGAUGGUCCCUUUGACUGGACCCCGACGCAACAGGGUUUGGUAGUGAGCAUAUACUUCGCCGGAUACCUCACAGGAAUGUUUCCAGCUGGAUAUUUUGCAGAUCGCUUCAAUACGAAAAACAUUUUACUGAUCUGCGUGUUGGGGAACGCCAUUUUAACCAUAUUGGUGCCAGUAGCCGCUCAAGAGCUGAUUGUGCUCUACAUCGUGAGAUUCCUCACGGGCCUGGUGAGCUCGGCGAAUCUUCCGUUAGUGAAUGUGCUCGUCGGCAAAUGGGUCGUUUACGAAGAAAAGUCCAUGUGGGUCGGAAUCAUUUAUGCCGGAACGUCACUGGGCACCGUAAUAUCCAUCUUCACAUCCGGAAUGAUAUUAGACGCGUUGGGAUGGGAGGCGGUCUUCUACAUCCACGGCACGCUGCCAUUAAUUUGGUGCGUAGUCUUUUACUUAUUUUUCGCCGACAGCCCGGAAUUGCAGAAGUACAUCACCGAGAAAGAAAGGCAACUGAUUACAACCGCGUACGGUCAUAGAAGUCCUAAAUCAACGUCAAUGAAAAUACCGUGGAAACAGAUAUUCACAUCAGUGCCGUUCCUGUCUUUACUAUUCACCAACACAUUCGGUAACUUCUGCUGGUACUUUUUGCUCACGCAGCUACCUCUGUAUAUGAACAAAAUACUCAGAUUUGACAUUAAGUCGAAUGCUACUCUCAGUAGUUUACCAUAUUUAAUUAAUGCAAUCACCAAUCCACUAUUGGGAAAAGCACUGGACUGGGGCAGACAAAAUAAAUACUGGUCGCAAACUACUGCUCGAAAGAUUGCUGUGUUCAUAAGUUGCAUUCCACCAAGUUUACUCCUAAUCAUCGUCAUGUACAUUGGUUGCGAUAGCGUAGGUUCCACAGUACUGUUGAUUCUAAGUAUCGUACUGUGCGGUGCAAUUUUCAUGGGUCACCUUUGCAAUCAGAAUGAUCUAGCGCCAAAUUAUGCAGGAAUUUUAAUGGGAAUAACAAAUACACCGGGAACAAUUUCUGCAUUUAUCUUGCCAGCAUUGGUGGGUGCUUUUAUGGAGAAUGGGCACACUAUGGCACGAUGGCGAUACAUCUUCUGGAUUAAUAUUAUCGCACAACUGUUAGCAUUUGUUGUAUUUGUUCUCACCGGUUCAGGAGAAAUUCAAGAAUGGAAUAAUCCACCCGAUGUAACAAGAAAUGAAUGAAUUAAAUUUU